AUGGCUGCAAACUUCACCCUAUCAGACAGCGAUUCCGAGCCCUCUGAGGAGGUAGAAGAAGGGGAAAACACCCCUGGAGCAAAGGAAAAUGAGCAGUACCUCCGCCAAGGCCUUUACCUUACAUUACCCGAGCGCCGAAUGGCAGCGGCGUCCGGUCGGAUCCGCCUCAACUCCGAGUCGCACGCUUCCACGGUGUCCCGGGACGAGGAGCUCCAGGCCAACAGGGUGGACGAGGAGCCCGGGACGCCCACUGACGGCGCUCCGUUCCGGGGACGUUCCAAGUCGGCGCCCCCUGCGCUGUGGGCCGCCAAGAAGUACGGGCGGCAGCUGCGGCGCAUGAGCGAUGAAUUCGACAGCCUGUUGGACAAAGGGGAGUUCAAGUCAAAGAGCCCGUCCAGGCCUAUCCACCACUCAUACACCUGGUGGAGCUACCUGUUUAGUCACCAGGAGACGGACGGAGAAAACAACCACAUGGACAACCAAACAUCCCGUACCGAGUAG